AUGGUGCCUCCCAAGCCAGAAACCCAAGUGCAAAGGCCAGGGCCAGGACAAGGUUCAAGACUCAAGUCCACUCUGUUCUCAAGCCCUGUGCCGCUCUACACCGCAUCCGUCCUGCUCAGAGCCGUGCUCAUCGUCUAUGGUCUCUGGCAGGACGCAAACUCUCCUCUCAAGUACACCGACAUCGACUACCUCGUCUUCACCGAUGCGACGCGCUUCGUCUCCCAAGGCCGCACCGAGGGCCCCUACGCCAGGGAGACGUACCGCUACACGCCCUUGCUGUCAUGGGCGCUCAUUCCUACGACCUGGACGACAGACGUGAACCCGCACUGGGUCAAUGUGGCCUGGUUCAGCUUUGGCAAGCUGCUGUUCGCCGCCGCUGAUGUCGUCGCGGGCGCUUUGAUUGUCAGCAUCCUGACCAUGAGGGGACGAGGCAUGCUGGCCAUGGAUGAGUCCACGGCGAGGGGUUUUGCUGCAAUCUGGCUGCUAAACCCCAUGGUCGCCACCAUCAGCACGCGCGGCAGCUCCGAGGGCCUGCUGGCCGUCAUGGUCCUGGCCCUCCUGUGGGCAGUCCUGUCGAGAAGGGUGACACUUGCAGGUGUGCUCCUGGGUCUGGGCGUGCACUUCAAGAUCUAUCCGUUCAUCUACGCCCCGGCUAUAGUGUGGUGGAUGGACCAGGACCAUAUCUCAGGUGAGCCGGCCAACCAGUCUUGGGUGGUUGGUGCUGUGGCGACCUUCCUCACCGGGCCGCGGCUCAAGCUCGCACUUGUAAGCCUGAGUGUAUUCAUGGCUCUGAACCUGACCAUGUAUGCCUCCUACGGGCACCCGUUCCUUGUGCACACCUACCUCCAUCACGUCACGCGCAUCGACCACCGGCACAAUUUCAGCCCGUACAACAUCCUUCUCUACUUGGCCUCCGCUUCCCCGGAUGACAUCUCCCGAGGCAUACGUGUCGAGUCCGUGGCCUUCUUUCCGCAGCUCCUGCUGUCGUGCGUCCUGAUCCCUUUGAUCAUGGCCAAAAAAGAUCUGCCCACCACCAUGCUAGCGCAGACCUGGGCUUUUGUGGCGUUUAACAAAUACUUUCUCUGGUAUCUUAUCUUCCUCCCACUCUACCUUCCACGCUCCUCCUUCCUGCGCAGUGCUAAACUGGGCAGCGCAGCCUUGCUACUCUGGGUCUUGACGCAAGCAGUGUGGCUACAGCAGGGCUAUGGGCUAGAAUUCCUGGGGGUCAGUACCUUCGUGCCCGGCCUGUGGGUAUCAAGUCUGGGGUUCUUUUUGGCGAAUUGUUGGAUCCUGGGGAUCAUUGUGGGCGAUGUCGCGUAG